AUGGGGACUUAUGAUGGAAAGCAUAUAUUGGAUAAUUAUGGCAUAUGGACUAUUUUACCUGACCAAGGUUGCCCAUAUUUGAAGGUGGGGCAGUUGCAGGAGCAACUGUAUUUACACACUUCUGCAUACGAUGAAACCUGGGAUGCCGAAUUGAUAUUCUUUGAUUCUACUAUGAAUAGCUUUGUGACAAAAUGUCUGCAGUGUGGUGACAAAGGUUUCUCAAAUGCUUUGGUUUACUGUCUCAAGUGUCUGGAUGUGGCUGUCCACGGCUACUGCUUGGAUAAAUUGCCAGAGACUUUUGGUGAUUUUGUCCGUUGGUUUUGUGAGGACUGUAAACCAAACUUGCCAAACCAAUGUACAUUCAAUAAGCACAAACUUCAAAAUGGCCCAUUUUCGCUACCCCCUGAAGCAUGCAAAAACAUGGACUUGACUGGACAUGCUCAUUUACUGAGUGAUUCUCCCUCUCCCUCUAUAAUGAAAUUGAGAGACUUUUCCUGCUCAAUAGCCAAGACAAGGGAGCAGAGACAAAGUUGUUCCUCCCAGCAACGAUGCAAGCCAAAUACAAACCUUGGCUUGACGAAGCAUGCUAAGUUGAGGCAUGGCCGUUCUCCCCAGAAGACAAUGUUGAGUAGGAAAACGGAUGUUGCUUGCUCAGUAGUUGAGAUGGUCAAUCGUCAAAGUCCAUCCUCCCAGCAGCAGCCUUGUGUGGCACAUACAAAACCUGACUCCCCUAAGCAUGAUUCUUUGGUGGGUAAAUGCCGUGGCACUUAUGAGGAGAUGAGGAUUAUCGGCAAGUGCAGUAACAAUCAUGGAAAAAAAGUGAAGCUUGGACAAGAAAGAAGAAUGACACUUGACAGUCGGAGCAAAAUUGAUAAUAAGGGAUCUCAAAUAGCUAUUAAUAAUUCAUCAAAUAGUUUAGAAAACGACUGUCAUGGACGUGUACAGCCAGUGAUUGAUCCAAUUUGGAGGGGAAGUUUUAGUAUCCUUAACAAGAAUGAGGAAAUAUUGGAUGGAUUCGUAGCCCAUUUAUCAAACAAAACAUGCCAAAAAGUGUUUGAGGAGGCACAACCAUUUCCGUCAGUGCUUUGCUUCGAGAUGCUUCCCAAGUCUGAGUUAUGGCCGAAGAGUUUUCAUAAAUUUGAGCCAUGUGAUGACAAUAUUGCCCUAUAUUUCUUCCCAGUAGACAAAAGACACAAAAGGGUUUUCGACCACUUGGUAGACGAGAUGAGUCUUCAAGAACUUGCCAUGAGAGCCAUCGUAAAAAAUGCUGAGCUUUUAGUUUUCACUUCUAUGGAGUUGCCACUGCUAUACUGGAGAUUCCAGGGCAAGUACUAUUUGUGGGGAGUGUUUAUGAGUAAGCAAGCUUGUGCUCCAGCAUGUAUUAUCGGGAGGACUGGGAGAGUGCGCUCAGUCUGCUUCACCUUCAACAAUCCACCCCCGGGAUGGAGGUUGCCAGAGAAGCCACAAAUAAAGUAUGCAGUGUAUCAGUUGGAAGUAGGAGCAAAUGGAGCGCUGUAUAUGCAAGGAGUAGUGCAGUUCAAAAACUCUAUAAGCUUCCACUGCACAAAGGAGUAUGUACAUACAUCAGCGCAUUUGGAGCCUUGUCGGAAUCUGCAUGAAUCUGUAAAUUACUGCCGAAAAGAAGAAGGUCGUGUAGAAGGACCCUGGGAGAUAGGGGAGUUAAAAGGGCAAGUUCAUCAAAGGGAUCGACAACAUGUCAUGAAUGCGGUCAAGGAACAAAAGACGAAGAGGGAAUUACACGAAGAGUUUCCCGAGUUGAUGACGAAGUAUCCAAGGUCUAACAAAUAUAGAGCAUCUGUGAUGUCAGAUGCUGCAUCCAAGCUUGCUGUGGAUGCAAAUGAGUUACCAUGGCAAAAAAAACUGGUUCAAUUAAUGGAAAAUGAACCAGAUCGUAGAACGGUACAUUGGUACUGGUCUGAAGCUGGAGGAAAAGGGAAAUCGAAAAUGGCAGCGUGGUUAUCUGAUAACAUGAAGGCGCUUGUGUUGAAUGCAGAAGCAGCAAAACGCUGCAAUAUUUACCAUGCAUAUAAUUUUGAAAGAAUAGUUUGUUUUAAUAUUUCCAGGUCACGUAAAGAUAUUGAACACAUAUAUCUAAUUGUAGAAGAAUUGAAGGAUGGGCAAAUAUUCAGUACAAAUUAUGAGCUCACUCCUAAAAAAUUCAACCCUCCACAUGUAAUUAUAUUUGCUAAUGUACCUCCACAGGAGGAGAAAAUGUCGUCUGAUAGAUGGCAUAUUGUAAAUGUUGAUUGA